AUGGGCUUACCCUUUGUUGGAGAAACAUUUGGCUUCUUUACCCCUCAUAAAUCAUUCUCCAUUGGCAACUUCUUACAAGAACAUCGCUCUAGAUAUGGAGAAGUAUUCAAAUCCAAUCUUUUUGGCUCUCCAACCAUUGUUUCAUGUGAUUUAGAAUUCAGCAUAUUUGUACUUCAAAAUGAAGGCAGGCUGUUCCAAAGCAGCUACCCUAAAUCAGUUAGAGACAUUCUUGGCAAACACUCUUUAAUGCUUGUCACUGGUGAUCUUCACAAAAAAUUCCGAAGCAUUGAAACUGGCAUCAUCAAUAAAUUUAAGUGCAAACCCGAUUUUCUCGAUUCUAUUGAUAAGUUAUGUACCUCGUUAAUGGAAUCAUGGACAGGAAAUCAAGUGGUUCUCUUCUCAAAAGAAGCCAAACAGUUUAGCUUUAAUUUGAUGUUGAUGAAUGUACUGGACAUGGAACCUGGAGAGCCACUAGCUUUGCAAUUAUUAGAGGAUUUCCUAACGUUCAUGAAAGGAUUUGUGUCCAUUCCAAUAAACCUUCCUUGGACAUCCUAUGCCAAGGCUCUUAAGGCUCGUACGAGGAUCGCAUCCACCUUGAAGCAAGUACUGAACGAUAGAAAAAAGAGAAAAGAUUUGGGGAUUAAUGAGCUAGCCAAAGAAGACAUUUUUAAUGAGAAUUUAUUGAAAGGACACUUAAGUGAUGUGGAGAAAGUAAGCAUUUUGCAAGACCUUCUGUUGGCUGGUUAUGAAACAACCUCAGGACUUCUGUCCUUACUCGUCUAUUUUCUUGCCCAAUCACCACAAGCUCUCCAGUACUUGAAGAAUGAACAUCGAGCAUUGAGGAGAACGAAAAAGGAAGGGGAACCCCUAAACUGGGAAGAUUAUAAGCAAAUGAAAUUCACCAGUAUGGUCAUUAACGAGACUCUACGUUGUGGAUAUCAUAUACCAGCGGGAUGGAAAGUCCUUCCUAUCUUGUCUUCUGUACAUCUUGAUCCAUCCCUGCAUCAAAAUCCAUCAGAGUUCAAUCCUUGGAGAUGGGCCGAUCCGACCACAAGCAAGAGGGUGAUCCCAUUUGGUGGUGGAUUGCGGCUAUGUCCGGGAUGGGAACUUGCUAAAUUGGAAGCAGCUUUAUUCCUACACCAUCUUGUCAUCAAUUACAGGUGGACAGCGAAAGAAGAUGAUCAUCCAAUGUUGUAUCCAUAUUUGGAAUUCCCGAAAGGAUUGCUAAUGACUUUGGAAGCAGAAACACGUAAAUUUUGAGGAUAUUAUUUCUUUAAGGUGAUGGACGACAAGGACAAAGUGAUAGAAUAAGAUUAAUAGAAGUAUUUGUUUGACAAAUUUUAAAUUACAAAAAGAUGCUGCAGAUUUAUCAAGGUUGAGCUUAUGGCAAUUAUUUUUACGACUAUGUAAAAUUUACA